UCUCCCACUACUAGUACUCUAGCAGCAAGUCGUCUCCCUCCCUCCCUCCCUCCCCUUCCACUUCCACGCUACCACAUCAGAGCUAAUCCAACCCAUCCAUUCACCCCCUAAUCACCACCGCCGCCGCCGCCGGCCUACUCUCCACUCUCCUCUGCUCCACCACGCGCGCGAUGGCGACGGCGACGGUUGAGGUCCCCGUGGCGGCGCCGGUGAGGAGUGUGAAGGUCACAAAUGUUUCCCUUAGUGCAACUGAGCAAGACAUUAAAGAAUUCUUUUCUUUUUCAGGAGACAUUGAACAUGUGGAUAUGAAAAGUGGUGACGAGUGGUCUCAAGUUGCAUAUGUGACCUUUAAAGAUGCCCAAGGAGCAGAGACUGCACUUCUUCUUUCGGGCGCUACAAUAGUUGAUCUUUCUGUUAUCAUUGCACCUGCUCCAGAGUAUCAACCGCCCGUUACUGCCUCUGCACCGCUGAGUGGAACCAGAGUACCAGUUGGUGGUGACAAUGUGGUCUACAAGGCUGAAGAUGUUGUCAGCACCAUGCUUGCGAGGGGUUUCACCCUGGGCAAAGACGCCGUUGGCAAAGCGAAAUCUUUCGAUGAGAGACACGGCUUCACAUCCACCGCCACCGCCAAGGUGGCCUCCAUCGACAAGAAGAUUGGGCUCAGUGAGAAAUUCACCUUGGGCACCACCGUUGUCAACGAGAAGGUCAAGGAGAUGGACCAGAAGUUCCAGGUCUCCGACAAGACCAAGUCGGCGCUGGCUGCGGCCGAGCAGACGGUGAGCAACGCCGGGUCCGCCAUCAUGAAGAACAGGUACGUCUUCACCAGCGCGUCAUGGGUGACCAGCGCGUUCGGCAAGGUCGCCAAGGCCGCCACAGAUGUCGGCACGAUGACGAAGGAGAAGAUGUCGGCCGAGGAGCAGCAUAAGGGCUCCGGGGGCAGCUCGUACACGCCCAUCCGCUGAUCGCCAUCCCCUGUUCCUCAUUGUGCGUCGCCAUGUUGUAUUAUUUAUUUGGUGGAUCAGAAAACAACUUUAGAUAUAUAGAACACAUCAGAUCACCCCUUCCAUAUGUGAAAGACUUCUGCAACCCAGGAUUUUGUUUCUCUUUGUAGAAGAACAGGGAAUUUACCUUGGGGUUUUACAUGUUAUUACAAAAUGGUUCAAGGUAGAGUUGGAACGAACCUUUUACUUUUUUAAGUUGUGGAAGGAUGCUGUAAUAAUAUUGGUAGCGUUGUGUUGUUCGACAAAUGCAUUGUACUCAGGGAGGGGAUAAUCAUACUAGUACACAAAUGCCCAUGUGCUCCUUAUACUAUAGUAUUGAAUUGCUUGGCAUGAAA